CUUUGAUGGCUUUGGCUCGAGCCACCUGCUCGCGCUUUGAGAUACGUUGGUAUAAAGUCAAGGUCAGUUUUACAUGUCCUGUCAUCACCGAGUCUCAUCCAGAUAAUCUCUCUUCCCCUGCACGCGCAUAACUAUCUACAAUGUCUUACAUAAACCCUCUUCACCCUCCUGUUCCCAGCAACAUUCACUCAUCAUACACCUCUCUUGCUGGUGCUUACUCCGCAUACCAGCCUCCCUUCGCUCAGGUGCUGCCGCCCAACCUCCGACGCUUGCCUCAGGCGCCAAAAUCAAAGCAACCAUCCUCUCAUUCUCCUCUGUGUCCUGCCGUCACAUUUAAUCUUCAACAUUAUGCAUCUGGUCUUGGCGUUCCUAUGUGUGAGCUGCGGGCUCGUUCAGCAUUUGCACUCGAACAAAUACUCGUUGGUGCGAAUGAUGUUGUUGGCCCUCAGAUGCGAUAUCGCACUGUCCAACUCAAGAUCUUUUGGCCGGGAUAUGACGAUUACACUUGCUCCCUUAAUAUUUAUACUUCGGCUGGUCCUGUCACCCGCGGCAAACUUGCCAUCCAAGUUGCAGAGGCGUUCGUGCGCUUCAUCAAUGACAUGAAAACGAAAAGCCCUGGCCCGAAUGGCGCCAGUUGGCCAUUGAGAGAUAGCUUAAAUCACCUCAGUCUUUCUGCGCUUUGGAACCUCUACGAUGAUGUAUGGAUGGCCGAGGUCAUCGUCGAUCGUCUUCAUUAAGCGGAGUCGUGGACUUGACUCAUUGGUUACACCGCAUUUGUCUUUUUCACAACUCACAAUUAACACUCAUACACGUGAUUCAUGUAGCCUUAUAGAUAUUUCGUCUCUCUUACUUGUAGCUUUUACCUUUUUUCAUUGAUCAGCUCUUCACGAUACCCACACUGUUAACACUGACGUACAUAAUUCAACCCAGGAACCUGAACUAACCAUAUUUAUGAUUUGUAUUGACUUGUAUCCUAUUAAGUAUUACUUCUGUAGUAUCUGUACCCUUCCUCGUGCUGCCAGCGUUGCAAACGUGCCACCACCGCCGGGCACCUAUGUUCUCAUAAAAUUUUAUCCGGGGCUGGAUCUCCAUUC